AUGGCCGACGAAGUCUUCGAGGUGCUCCCUCUGGGAAUCGACCCUCAAUCCAAAUCCAUAACCUCGACCUCAUCCUCCAAAGACCUGCAGACCGAACUCGCAGCCCUCAACACAUUGCACCGAUCUCUGCUCUCCCUCGAGACGUCCCUCCAGAUUCCACCGCCGCCGGUUCCCGUAAACCCCAAGCGAUCAGCCAAUAUCUCGAAGCUGCGCGACAGCGGCAACGACGCCUAUCGCAAAUCCAAGUACGGCGAAGCGGUCAAGUUCUACAACCUGGGCCUGCAGAUGGCACUGACACGCCCCCUGUGGGAGCCGCAGCAGCUGGUGCGCGAGGAAGUGUCGGCACUAUUUGCGAACCGCGCGCAGGCCCACAUGAGCAUGCAGAACUGGCCCGAGGGCGCCGUCGAUGCCGAGGCUAGCGUCGAGGCCAAGCGGACGGGCAAUGCCAAGGCCUGGUGGAGAAGGGGGAAGUGCCUUGUUGAAAUGGGCCGGCUUGAGGAGGCUCGCGAGUGGGUCUCGCGUGGGUUGGAGAUGGAGGGCGAUGAGGCAGAGCUUGCGGCUUUGCUCAAGGAGAUCAAUGCGAAGCUGGGGAAGGAGACGGCUUAG